UUGACAGCUCUAUCCAUGAAUAUAGAGAGUGAAGAUCCUACAACAGACCACUUCCAUUCCGACCAUCUCGAUGCCUCCCUGCCAACAGAAAUCAUUAUAGAAAUCCUAAUCAAACUACCCGUCAAAUUCCUCCUAAAAUUCAUGUGUGUUUGCAGAUCCUGGCGUGCUUUGAUCUCUGAUCCCAUAUUUGUCAAGAAGCAUUUGAAAGCUUCCACCAAAAACGAAGAUUAUGCACAUCAUAAAAUCAUUAUAAAUUCUCGUUCUUCUGCUUAUCUAGAACGGUGUUCUCUAGAAUGGUGUUCUCUCUCGUCUGUUCUGCAUGAAGAAUCUCAUAUUGAUACGCAUGUCCUCGAUUAUCCAUUGAAGAACCCAAAGCUCUGGGUUGGCUUAGUUGGUUCCUUGAAUGGGUUAGUUUGUAUUGUUAUAGAAAACUCUGUUGUAUUUUUAUGGAACCCAUCUACAAAGAUAUCAAAGAGGCUUCCUCAUUCUGGCAUUAUACAACGUCCAAGUCAAGAUGUAAGUUAUGGGUUUGGCUAUGAUGAAGGUAGUUCCGAGUAUAAGGUGGUUGUUAUUUACACUGAAUUAAAAGUUCCUGAAUAUUCAUUUGAAACUGAAGUUAAAAUUUAUGGGUUAAAGAGUGAUUCAUGGAAGACAGUUGAGGAUUACCCUAAUUGCACUACUAUUACUUCUAUGGGUGUGUUUGUUAGUGGGUCACUUCACUGGGAUUCAGAUAUGAAUAUGGGGUUUAAUAAAUAUCAGAGUAUCAUCUCUUUAGAUUUAUCGAAAGAAACCUAUUCUGAAAUAUCAGUACCCUGUUCUAGGCAGGAGGUUAUGGGUUCAAAUAUAGGGGUUUUAAGUGGAUGCCUCUCUUUGUUAUGUAACUUUGGUGGGAAUGAGAUGAAAAUUGAUGUAUGGGUGAUGAAGGAGCAUGGAAAAAUAGAGUCUUGGUCUAAAUUGUUUUCAUUACCCACUCUACAUGUUCCAAUGUAUAGCUGUAUUGAGACACCCUUUUGUUUUUCCAAGAGAAAUGAAGUGUUUUUGGUUAAUGAACCGCAUUUGGUGGUGUAUAAUGUGGAGAGUAAAACGGUCCGGCAUUCCCUCAUUGACAAGUUCUACGAUGUCCUAGAAGUAGUCACUCAUACUGAGAGUCUAGUCACACCUUUUCCUGAAUGA